AUGGACACAUCUAAUAAGAGUUUUAUUUGCCAACUUCAGGCAUCUGUUAAUGGGGGAAAAAAACAUUACUUAAUAAGUCGGUGGGCUGGUGCAAUUGCAGAUGGGAUAUGGACAUCCUCCUCAAAAGACCAAUCUUCUACUGCAAAUGGAAGUAAACCACGACCCCCUAUUGCAUCAUGUCCUUUUAUCUUCAAGAGUCAAGAAAGAGCAGAAAAGCGUAAAGAGUUCUUUCAGAGGCUGGAAGAGAAGAAAAAUGCCAAGGAGGCUGAAAAUAAGCAGCUGCAACUGAGAUCCAAAAAAAAGGAAAAAGCUGUAGGGGAUGUUAAUAAACUGCGUCAGUGCACUGGCUUAAAAGCCAAACUAAAUCAAGAUCUGUCUUCAGGAUCACAAUUUCCAAGUAACCACUUGAACAAGAUACCUCUGGCACAGCCUCGGUCACCAAAAACUUGGAAGGCAGUCUACUCUCAGCAAGGCCCUGGACCCAAGCUCUAG